AUGUUUACCAUCAAGACUUUGCUUGCGCUUUGCGCUGCUUCCCGCGUGCUUGCCGGAGCGGGCGGUGAUAGUUCCAUUAUCGCUCAUGAGGGCGAUCCGAUUGGUGAAGAGGUCACUUCUGGCGAUCUCACACUCUACGUCGCUCAGCCCGAGGGCGAGUAUGGAGACGUCGCCGUCCUCUACCUCACCGAUGUCUUCGGCAUCCAACUGAACGAGAACAAGCUUCUCGCCGACAGCUUCUCCCGCGCCGGCUUCCUCACCGUAGCCCCCGACCUCUUCGCCGGCUCGCCCGCGCCCUCCGAUCUCAACCAACCGGGCUGGGACAUCCAGCAGUUCCUGGCCGACAACGGGCCCGAGACCGUCGACGCCCGCAUCGAAGAGGCCAUCGCGUACCUUCGCGACGAGCUGGGCGUGAAGCGCUUCGGGGUUACGGGGUACUGUUUCGGCGGACGGUUUGCGUUUAGGUUCGGGGCUGAGGGAAAGGGUGCUAGUGCGGUGUUUGCGGCGCAUCCGAGUAAUUUGGGGGAUGAUGAGAUUUCGAACGUUACGGUUGCUUCGAGCAUUGCUUUUGCCGAAACUGAUAGCUUGCUCACUGCCGAUCGCCGGGUCGAGAUCGAGGGUCUGCUCAAAGAUGCCGGCGUCCCCUAUCAGCUGAGCUUGUACAGCAGCACCAACCACGGCUUCGGCGUUCGUGCCAACUUGUCGAGCCCCGAGGAGAAGUUCGCCAAGGAGUCAGCCUUCUUCCAGGCUGUUAGGUGGUUUGACCAGUGGGCUUGA